AGCGAGUCUGGGCGAGUCUCCUGCAGACGUCGAGCAGGAUGAGAGCAGAACCAGGAGGACAAGACGCCUUCUUCAUGCUUCCACCAAAAGUGACUCAUGCGUGACAGCUGAGAUCGAGGCACACAAGGAUCACAAGGAGACUCGGGGUCCGGUUGAAGUCACUUCCACUUGAUUCUGCAAAGGAAAAAAAAAAAACUCAGAAUGCAUCCUCAGCCUCGCCGUGACCCCUCCAUGACCGGGAAAGAUCGCAGCCCCCGCCACAGGCCGUGGUCGGUCUACCGGGCCAACACGUUUGAUCUCUCGGCGGAGAUGAUGGGCCUGGCACUGUCAGGAAACAGUCAGGAUCCAGACGAGCCUGUGUUAGAGUUCAGUUUGGUCUGCAGUGAACUGGUGACGCCCACUGUGGACCGUAAGCCCAGCAGCUUUGUGGCUGUGAGCUGCACCACUCCCCCUCAGGCCUUCUGGACCAAACACUCUCAAACUGAAAUCAUAGAGGGCACCGGUAACCCCAAUUUCUUGAGCAGCGUCGCCUUCUUCCAAGACUCUCUGAUAACUCAGCAGACCCAGGUCAAGCUAUCAGUCUACGAUGUCAAGGAUCGCUCCCAGGGCACUAUGUACAUGUUAGGCUCGGCCAUGUUUUCCUUGAAGGAGCUGCUGCAGGACAAACAUCACCGCCUGCAUCUGACUCUCAGGUCGGCCGAGAAUGAGCGAGUGGGCAACAUCACGGUGAUCGCCUGGCAGAUUGAGGAGAAACGCGAGCAGAGAGCUCCUGUUGCAAGACUACAACGAGGAGACACCAUCAAUGGAAGGAUGGUUCUUCCUGUCGAUGAAAGUCUAACUGAGUCCAAAGGAAUCAAGUCCAAGUCUUCGUCCUUGUGUAAAGAUCCCCUACUUAAGGCUGUGUUUGGGGGCGUCAUGUCGCAAACUUACCGUUUCCCCACCACGGACGGCAACCAUCUUCGGGUCCUGGAGCAGAUGGCGGAGAGUGUUCUCUCGCUGCACAUCCCUCGACAGUUUGUCAAGCUGCUGCUAGAGGAAGAUGCCGUCAGGGUGUGCGAGCUGGAAGAACUUGGCGAGCUGUCGCCAUGCUGGGAGAACCUCCGGAGGCAGAUCAUCACACAGUACCAGACCAUCAUCCUCACCUACCAGGAGACCAUCAGUGACCUGCACGAGUACAAAGGUCCUUCUUUUAAAUCGAGCACACUAAAAGCGGAGCGAAAGUUGGAGUUCAUCCCAACAAACCUGCACAUACAGAGAAUGAGAGUUCAAGGAGAGACCGGCUACGACCACACAUACGACGUGGUGACCAUCGGCGCUCCUGCAGCACAUCAUCAAGGCUUUAAAGGCUGCGGCCUGCGCAAACUUCUGCACAAGCUUGAAGAUGCCAGAAAGCACACUUACGAGGAAGAGAGCUCUGUCAGCUCAAGAGCUAUGGCAUACCAGCCGCAGGAUGUUGUGCGAGCAAAGGAGCUGAUUGGACAAAUUAACACACUGAAGACGCAAGUGUGUUACUAUAUCGAGCGGCUGUCUCGAGCCGCCAAGGAACGCUUGGCUAAUGCUCUGGAGAGAACCUUGGCCAUCCUCAAAGAGAAGACUCGUCAGCUGGUGAGCGCGUGCGACUCCAAGCUCUUAUCCUCCGCCAUCAUCGCCCUGGCCGCCGCCCGCCCAGAGCCCGCCCUGCGAGGCACGCCGUCCCCGUCAUCUUCCUCCCUCUCGCCCUCCUCCCGCUCGCCUUCCCGCUCGCCUUCCCGCUCGCCCUCCCAACACCCGACAUCCCCCUUGCGAGCGGCGACCUCGCCCUCUCGCCACGCCACUCCCCCUGAGGGCGGCGAAGGGAAUAAAAGCAAGCGCGCCUCCUUGCAGGCCGACUUGCACGAAGAGGAGUGGAGGAAGGUGUGGCUGAAUGUUGACAAGAGUCUGGAGUGUGUGAUUCAGAAGGUGGACAGGUUGCUGCAGAGAGACCAGCUUCAGAGCGACAGCAGCUCUGAUGACGUGUUCGCCAUGGCCAGCGAGGAACCCAAAAACACCAAAAAAGGGAACAGUCCAGAAGUGGACAAGAAAUCACCAGGUGAGUGGAGCGAGGCUAUGCACCCUCUGCUGGCCACGCUGAGCGACUGCGCCUCGCUGCUGGGCGACAAGGCCAGGAAGGCCAUGGUGUUCCUCCUCAUGCAGGACAGCGCCCCCACCAUUGCCAUGAGCCUCACGCUGCAGUACCGCCGCGACGUCGUCUUCUGCCAGACCCUAACAGCUCUGAUCUGUGGCUUUGUCCUCAAGCUGAGGAACAGCCUCUGUGAUGUGGGUUUUCUCAAGCAGCUCCACACUAUCGGCCUCCUGGUGCAGUAUGAGAGCUUACUCAGCACCUACGGUGAGGAGCUGGCCAUGCUGGAGGACAUGAGUGUGGGGGUGAACGACUUGAUGAACGUCACCUUUAAAAUCACGCAAGCAAGCACAACUUUCAGCCCCGACAUGCUGCCGGUCAUCACGGGAAACAGGAACGGCUUUAACGUCAGGGUUCCGAUCCCGGGCGCCAUAUUCGACACUUUGCCGCGGGAGAUCCAGAACGGUAUGUUGCUGCGCGUGCAGCCGGUGCUCUUCAACGUGGGCAUCAACGAGCAACAAACGCUGGCUGAGAAGUUUGGAGACACGUCCUUACAGGAAGUGAUCAACACAGAGAGCCUGGCGCGUAUCAGCUUGUACUACGACCACUUUAAAGAGGUCCUCCCCGAGGACUGCCUGCCUCGCUCUCGCAGCAACACCGGUAUGCCCGACCUGCUCAGACUGCUCAACCAGAACAUCAACGCCAAGAAGAGCAAGAACGUGGAGAUUCUGUGGCAGGCGGCCGAGGCAUGCCGGCGCUUGAACGGAGUGCGUUUUACCAGCUGCAAGAGCGCCAAAGACCGCACGGCCAUGUCCCUGACCCUGGAGCAGUGUCAAAUCCUGCAGCAGGAGCACGCCCUGGCCCCGCAGGUCUUCUACCAGGCCCUGGACUGCAUGCGCAGUGAGGGCUGCAGACGAGAGAACACCAUGAAAAACGUGGGAUGUCGCAAAUACGCCUUUAACGCUCUCCAGCUUAAGGCCUUUCCUAAACAGUAUCGCCCUCCGGAGGGCACAUACGGGAAAGUGGAAUCCUAACUUCAGAGAAAAUGACUGAUGAGAGCACCCACACAACAACACAAAAACAAAACACUUACAACACACAACGUGCAGCAUUUGUUGUGUUUAGUCACAGCCUGGUAUAGGUUGAUGUAUAUUGGUCUUGACGCCUCUCGGUUUAAUAGCAUUGCAUCUAUCAUUUAUGGAUCUUAAAAAAGAAAAGGGAAGGAAAUGAUAAAUAAAUUAGCCUAAAGCUACACGAAAUGUCACAGGUGCACCAGGUGUGUGUUGACGUGCAACUACAAGUACAAAUAUUGUUUACUCAUUCUUGCAAUCUUUUUUUUUCUCUCGCCUUUUUAAUGAAAAUUAUUGAUGUCUAAAUGUUUUCCACAGUGAAUUAAUAUUACUCACAUUUUGAAUUUAUUAAAUCUGUUAAAAUCCAUCCAGUGUCGGUCAAGAUAAUCUAAGUUAUUAAAUACAUUUAAAGAAAACUGCCUACCUCUUAGCUGACAAAGGGACAUUGUUAUUAUUUUUCUGGUAUUCUUAUAUUUAUUUCUAUCAUAUUUAUUCCAUAAAAUAACUACAUUUUCUUGCCAGCAUGUAUAUCCUGCAGAGUAUUUACAUAUGAAGGUCCAGGGGAUAGGUUAGGACAGUGGUCUCCAACCACCGGGCCGCAGAAUAAUUUUUUAUUAUUUUUUUUUUAUAUAUAUAUUUUUUUUGUAUUUUAUCAAAUCAACAUAAAAAACACAAGAUACACUUACAAUUAGUGCACAAACCCCAAAAACCUCCCUUUUUCAUGACAAAAAAAAGAAUCUAUUUGGGACAAAUUAUCAAGCGUUGACCGGUGAUUGAAGGAAUGUUAAUCAGUCAUACAGUUCUAAAAUAUGGCAGGAAAAUCUCAAUCAUACCUCUAAUUGGCAAAAAUUCAACACAAUUAUUGAUGACCAUGCUUAAAAAUACUGUACCUGUUUUACUUGCACCUUCUUUGCUCGUUGGCCAUGUCUGCAAAAAACAUAAAAAGAAAGAAAAUGUGUUGUCAUUAUACAUUUCUAUGCUUACUUUGAAGGGGAUUUUGUUAUUGUACCCUGGAAGCUGCAUACAAUUGUGCAUUUCUUAUAAAUUGCAACAUAAAAAACAUUUCUGCGGGAUGGGAAUCAUGCAGCAUGUAUGAAUUUGCUCAAGAAAAUGGAGGAAAAAUGUUCGGAACUGCAUGGGGAAUUUUAAAAAUGUGGACGUAUAACAAAUACAAAAAAUGAGCGCUAACAACAGACUCCAUGAAAAAUAAAGUAUCUUACUGUACAAUAUUCAGAGACAUUGCCAAUUUUAUUUUACUAAUGUUAUUUUGCGUACAACUCUUUAUGUCUAUAUGUAUCUUAUUACUUACUAAAGCUAUUGUUGUUGCACAAUUGACAUGCACACGGGUGGAAAUGUGGUGAAGUUCAUGAGAUGAGUGGGACCUAAAAUAAAAGAUGAUCAACUGUUAA